CUACGAUGAUUUUUAGUGGUAGAGUUUUACUAAAGCUAGGUGUCUUACUAGCUGGAGGCAUAAUUCUAGUUAAGUCCGAGAAAUGUGCCAGCAGAGAUUUUGGAAAUGGAGGAACUGUAUGCGUUUGUAACGCCACGUAUUGCGAUACCAGUGAACCAGUUAAGCCAGUGCCAAGUAAUCAAUAUAUUGUGAUUACAUCGAAUAAAGCUGGUCUAAGAUUCAACAAGGAAAUAAAGAAUUUUGCCAAUAAUACAUCAAGAAAACAAUGUACCAUACCUAAAACUGAUAAACUCUGUGCGCAUGAUAGAAAAACUGACUACAAAGUAUGUGGAGUUACCCCAAAAUCUUUGCUUAUACCAGGCUCAACUAUCUACAUUGACUCGUCUAUUGUGUAUCAAGAGAUAAAGGGCUUUGGUGGAGCCAUCACUGAUGCAGCUAUGAUAAAUGUGGCAAAUAUGAGUGCUCCACUUAAGAAACACUUACUAAGGUCGUAUUUUUCACAAGAUGGUCUCGACUACAAUAUCGCCAGAGUUCCUAUGGGUUCAACAGAUUUUUCAACUCGUCUUUAUUCAUAUAUUGAUAGUGACACACAUGCAGUAAACUGUGUAGAUCCUACUUUAAAAGACUUUCAGCUAGCACCAGAGGAUAUCAACCUUAAGAUUCCAUUUAUUCAUGAAGCAUUUAAACUACAAAAAAAUCUUAAACUCUUCACAUCGACGUGGGUUAUCCCCAAAGCGUACAAAGAAAACAACAGCUACAAGGGAUUUUUGGGUUUUGUCAGAAAAGAAGUCUACCAAUUGCUGGCUGAUUACUACGUCAAAUUUUUCGAUUUCUACAAACAACAUAAUGUUACGUUUUGGGGCCUUACAACCAGUAACGAACCUUUUAUAGCCAUGGCGGAAUAUGUUGGUACUCCUGGUACUCUUUGGUAUCCGGAAGACUUGGGUAAUUGGAUUAGGGAUAACCUAGGUCCAACACUGAAAAAGUCAGCGCACAAACAUCUUAAACUUAUGACUGUAGAUGAUCAAAGAAGCUUGUUACCAUUUGUGCCACAGAUUCUGAGAGAUAAUAAAACUCUACAGUUCGUUGAUGGAAUUGCGGUACACUUUUAUCAAGAUCUUAAUAAUAACACCUACCUAUUAGACGAUGUUCAUAAACAAUACCCCGACAAAUUCCUUUUAGCUACAGAAGCUUGUGUUGGAUCAAUGGGUAUUGUUUUGGGUGAUUGGUCUAAUGGUGAAAAAUAUGCUUCCGAUAUUAUGCAGGACUUAAAUCACUGGGUUACAGGUUGGGUAGAUUGGAAUAUAGUUCUAGAUGAUAAGGGAGGUCCCAAUGUCGCUGCCGGAAGGGAUGCUCCAAUUAUAAAUUAUAACUCUGAGUUCUAUAAGCAACCUCUUUAUUAUGCAAUUGGACACUAUUCUAAAUACUUGCCAGUAGGUUCUAAGAGAAUUUAUUCAUCUCAAUGUAAUGAAGAUCAAUUUUUAGUAUCCCAAGUUGCUUUCAAACGUCCUGAUGGUGGAAUAGUAGUGGUCAUUUUAAACAAGCAUGAUCAACAAGUGCAGAGAAAACUUUUCGAUUGUAAGAGGAACAGUAUUACUUUAAAUCUAAGUGCACGCUCGAUAACAACUGUUUUGUAUUGGUGAA